AUGGAUGUUCUGGCUAUCUCUCUCUUCUCUUUACUCUCAAUAUCAAAAGCAGAAAUCUCAACCAAGAUCGGCGUAAACUAUGGCCGAGUCGGGAACAACCUGCCUUCUCCAGCUCAAUCCAUUGAGCUACUAACAACAAUGAAAGCAGGACGUGUGAAGCUGUAUGAUGCAAACCCAGAAAUUCUGAAUCUUCUAUCAGAAACCAAGUUUGAAGUUUCCGUUAUGGUCCAUAACAGUGAAAUCUCAAGCAUUGCUUCAAACCAAAGCAUAUCAGAUGAAUGGGUGAGGCAGAAUGUCUUGCCUUACUACCCCAAAACCUUGAUUCGCUUUUUGCCUGUAGGUAAUGAAGUGCUGAGUGAUUAUUCAGUACAAGGCCAAAAGAUAUGGCUUCAUCUUGUGCCAGCAGUGAGAAGGAUCAAAAGGUCUCUCAUUUCUCAGAGCAGUACAAAUAUCAAUGUUAGUACAUCACUAGCCAUGGAUGUUUUAGAGACAACUUUCCCGCUGUCAUCUGGGGCAUUCCGGUCCGGGAUAAGAGACACUGUGGUGAAAACCAAAAGGAAGCAAUGGGAAAGGAGGAAGAAGGACUUGCCUGCAUGA